GUAGGCUCUGUAGCGACUGUAGCUAUUAUAUGAAAUUAUAUCAAAGCAAUGAUGAAUGAUACUUUAGAAUUUGAUUACGCUGAAAUGCUUCGUUACAUAGGUUUUGUCGUAUCGGACGACUGCUUAAAUUCGGAAAUGAUAGACGGCGUACCAAUACGAAAAUUGUUCAUCAGUAAUUUGGCUGAAAGGACAACUUUCAAGGAUUUACGUUGUUACUUUUCUAAAUAUGGAAAUGUUGAGAGUUGCUACUUACGUAGAAAUCAUGGAAAAAGCAACUAUGCGUUUGUCACAUUUACCGAAGUGGCAGAUGCAAUAAAAGCGAUGCAAGAUGGAAGUAGGAAACAAAUAAGAUUGCAUAACAGAGAUUUGAGAGUGAUGGCUGCAGAUUCUUGGCAUCAACCUGACAGCAUGGAUCAGAGAUUGUAUAACAUAGGGAAAGAAUUAAACAAAAUUUCUGAAAGAAAGGAACAAUAUGUUCAUAAGUAUCUGCAAAAUGAUUCUGAAAAUGUAUCCAUCCAUAUGCUGAAUGAUGAUUGUUUGAGACAUAUUUUCCUAUUUUUGCCGAUAGUAGAUAGAGUUCGUAUAGAAAUAGUCUGCAAACGCUGGAGAGAUUUAAGCCAAGAUUCAUGGCAUAUGGUAAAAACAUUGAAUCUCUCACCUUCUACAUGGGGUUUCUCACAUAACCAUGUGAUUCAUACAGCUUUACUUCGUAAAAUAUUGCUGAAAUGUGGCAGAUUCUUAACACGAAUAGACUUAGAUGAGCCACUUCAUUAUUUAAGUCAAAGCACAUUGACUAUUAUUGGAAAAUUUUGUCCUAAUCUUACAAGUAUCAAUAUUACCGCACUGACAGUUUGUGCGUCAGGUAUACGUACAUUAGCAAAUAACUGUAGAAAUCUAAUUAAGUUUUGCUUAGGACCAUCCACCUACAGUUGUGAUAAUGAAUUAAAGUAUCUCUUCAAGCAAAAUCGAAACUUGGAGUGUCUUGUGAUAACCAGAAAUAAUAUUUUGGGUAAAUCCUUAUUGUUCUUGCCGGAGCAAACUGUACAUACAAUUAUAUUAGACCGCCUUGACUAUCUUCAGGACAAUCAUCUUUCAAUGGCUCUGAGAAAACUUGAAAAUUUGACACAUCUUGCUAUAAACGAAUGUCUCGGUAUAGCUAAACAUACAUUGGAAAUUAUCGGUCAACAUUGUAAAAAUCUUAAAAUAUUGGAGUUGAAUGGAAACUUUCCCUCUGUACAAACAGCAGAUAUGUUAUAUUUAGUUCACCUCAUCAAUCUGCACGAUUUAAAAAUCACAUAUAAUCCUAAAAUAUCAGACGAUUUCUUUACUGAUUUAGUACAACAUUGUCAGCAGCUUAUUAAUGUAGACAUUACAGGUUGCUGUAAUGUAAGUGAUGCCGGAUUAGCGGCUAUCGCUACGUUAGUAAAGCUAGAAAAAUUGAUCGUCAGUUAUAUAGAUCAAGUUACUGACGAAGGUUUAGAAAACAUAUGUGGCUUGAAAGAAUUGGAGUGCCGAAGAUGUUCAUUUAGCGAUCGAGGCAUAAUAAUGCUCAUAAGAUCCUCGCCUCAAUUAAAAUUGUUAGAUCUCUCCGGAUGUAAUUAUAUCAGGGACACCACUCUCAAGGUUGCUAAAGAUGCUUGUAGCCGUCGAACUAAUAAUGUGAUGUUGAAGAUGAUAAUUGGAGGAACAUCAAUAUUCGACGACGAUAGUUUAGAGAAACUACCUCCGCUAUUGCAUAUAGUUAAUGUUGACUUGUCUGAUCUUAGCAGUAUAUCCACUAUGUAUCUUAUGGAUGAUUUGGAAUCUUGGCGCGAUGAAGAUUCAGAUACGGAAUACUCCGAUACAGAAUAUUCCUUGUAAUUUGAAAAACGAAAUAUUCAAAAAAUUAUUAUAGUGAACCUAACGAAUUAGAUUAUUACUUGUAGGCUGAUUCGGAUUUUUAAAAGUAUCUGUAUCACAAUUUUCCAUGAUUCUAAUCGAUUUUUCCUACAAUUAA